GUCUUAUAUCAACUCUCAUAGUUGUAAUGACUUUUGAAGCUCAAGAGAUUACUACUCAUUGGUGAAUUUAGGGUUUCUUUUUUGGGGAAAAGACGGAGGAAACCUAUUGCUGGGAUGUAGGAUACUCAUAUGAUGGGAUAACGAUCCUUUCAUGUACUGGUUCUCCUAGCUAGCACUGCAGUAUCUAUGAAUUGGCAGCAAAUGCAAUGACUUCACCACAUCUUGGAUCACUUUACCAUUUCGUUGUGCUUUUGAGUGGUUCCGAACGUCAAAAGAAAGAAGGAUUCUGAAUCCCAGGUUGAUAGGGAAAUGCAGCAAGACAGGAACAAAAGCCAUGGCUUGGGGAAGUCCAAUACAUGGGUUAACUCAAAUUUGGCAAAGACAAUGGCAGCAUUGGAUGAGUUUAAAUGUGGAUUCCCAUCGGAUGGGUUAUCAACUGUUACAAACAAAUGGUGGGGUAGCAGCACCACAGGAAAAGAUGCUUCCAAAGAUCAGGUAGAGGCCUCAGAAGGUACACAUCAGCUUGAUACUAACGAAGAUGCAAAGAUUGUGGACAAUGACAUGAAACAAGAAGAUGGAAAUGUCAAUGAAGAAGGUGCUUCUGAAAGACCAGAACCUUUGGUGGCUGUUAGGAAGAGAAUAGCCGAAGAAGGAAGAGAAGCCGUUAAACUGGGCCUGCACCGAGGAUUUGGUUCGAAAAAGCUGAAAAGGAGAGAUCAAGCUCUACUCUCUCAGAUAUUUUCGUCUUCAUUGCCAAAAGAUCAGGGGACUGGCUCUUCUUGAAUUUCCUUUUCUGUCUGAGAAUAGGAAUCCAUUGUUCUAGUAUAAAGCUUGUGAAUGAACAUCUAUUCAAAUCUAAUUGUUUUCCAGAGAAUUUAACAUGCUUCA